AAAAUUUGAAACUUUAAGACUGCCAUUUUUCUUAUUGUUCUUUCCAAUUCUUCUUUGGUUGUCCUCGGUGGUAUCUAGAUGCGGCGCAACGGUGCCCCUCCGGGAAGGGACAGAGACUCUUGUGACUUCUCGCCUAAAAGUGAUGAUUCGGCAAAAAAGUGUGUGCAAUUCUCAUUGGGUAAAGAGACCACCGAGGUACCCAGCUUUAAGUCCGAGUCCCAUGGUGUUCCCAUCACCUUUGCCAGUCCCAGGUCCCGUGAGGCUCUCCUCGACUUCAUGGCGGCCACAAUUCAGGCCAAAGAUCUGCGCACGUGCAGCAUUUUAGUGAUCUGUCAGCAGAAUGAGGAGGCCAGGCAAGUGAAAUCGGAGAUGGGCAAUCGCGACAUAAACACAAUGCUGCUGGAAGCAGACCAACAGGCGACCCGUCAAAUGGUGCUAUUGUGGUCGCAGGGCUACAUCCAGCAAGUUUUUGUUGCCUGCGACGACUGUUUGGAGAUGUUCGAGGGGCUGCCCGUUGACUUUGUCAUACACACUGCCCUGCCGCCAGUGGAGAAGUUCAAGGAGCGCCUGGACAGGCUGACUAAAUCGGAAAACAAGGCCGAAAUGCUGGCCCUUAUCACGGGUGCCUUCAAAGAGGAAACUGGGAUCCUUAAAAAAGAAAAUGGUAAGGCACAGAAUUCAGUGGUUAAAUCCUUAAAGAACCUGGAGAAUAAGGAGAAGGCUUCGGAAUUAGUAUGUAGUACUCGUGCUCUUACCCGAGGAAAGGGUUCAGUGAAGGAUAAACCGGAGUCCUUAAAGGAAUCCCUGCCAGAAGAAGCCGACUUGGAGGGAUGGCAAACUCCACCAGAAGAUCAAAAGGUAGAUUACAACCAUGUAGGUGGCAGUCAAUGCCAUAUGGAGGCCUUGGUACAGGCAAGGAGCCGACUUGGCAAGGCCUCUUCUUCGUCCAGAUCAUCAACUAUAGAUUCAGCGAGGUCCACCAUGGCAUCAGGGAGGGUAGGCUUCGCCCGCUCCCAAUUUGGCGUCCUGGCCUGGAGUCGGGAUCUGAUCGUUCCCUGCUAUGACAUGUCCGGCGUGGUGGACUUAAAUACCACCAUUCAGGCCACCAUGAAGACAAUGUUGGAUGGUUUGGGAAAUGGCCACCAGGCUCGGGGAGCCCAGAGAUACGCCUGGCCACAUGUGUCGUGUGGCAAAUCCCUGGUGGCCGUAGGACCUGAGAAUAUUGGCAAAACCUGGUGCUACCUGCCCAGCCUGUGCCAGCGAACCCAUGAGCAGAUGCUCCUGUGCACCGAGGAGCACUAUGGGCCCAUCAGCAUCGUGGUGUGCUUCAACCAGCGGAACGGCAACCAGAUCCUGCAGUGGAUCAUAAAGCUCUUGAACCCGCUGGACCCUGGGGGGAGUCAGAUUCCCCAUGACCAGGUCGUCUACCUGUGGGAGAAGGGCAAUGUCCAAGAGGUGGCCGACAGACUGAGCCAUUCCGUGGGCAUCCUUGUGACCACACCGGAUAUGCUGGUCCUGCUCAAGGAAUGGCACACCAAAGAGGCACCUAUUUUCGACCUCGACUCGGUGAAGUGUCUGGCCCUGGACAACCUAUCAGGCAUGAUGCGCCGUCAGCCGGAUACCACAGCGAAAAUGGUCGAUUGGAUCAUCCAGCUCUUAAACUUUGGCCCUGAUGGGAGCCAACUGUUUGUCACCACGCGCCUCUGGCCAGGGACACUGAUGCAAAAGAGCCUGCUGCCGCUUGUGCCCGAUGUGCUCAUUGUCUUUAAGGAUCCCCUGGAGGCCACAGUCUAUGGCGGAGCAGGCCUAGAAGUAAACCUGAUUAGACCGGGGGAGGAGAGCCGUUCCCUGGUGCAGCUGCUCCGAGACAGGACACUGAGCAAGGAACGGAUCGUGGUGAUGUGCCACACCAAGGAGGAAGUGCUGGAUCUCAGACACAAGCUGACGCGGGCAGGCUUCCGAUCGGAGGGCAUAUACGACGAUGGUGGCCUAACGACGGCCACCCAGUGGCGACUCCAGAGCCUGCCCCUCGUUCUCUUGGUCACGGAUGAUAUGGUGGAUAAGGUGAAGUGCGGCCCCAUUGAUCAGCUCAUCCACUAUACCUCCCCCACUAGCUGGACGAGAUUUAAAUUUCGGUUUUCCCUGUUGUAUAAGAAUUACGUGUCAUCGUGUCCUUGCAAAUCCGUGGUACUGCUCCAGCAGUCCGACUUCGAUCGUCUCUGGGAGCUGGCCGACUUCAUUGUGUGGCACCAGCUACCCCGUCCCGAUCACUGGCUGCGUGUUCUGUCCGAGUGUCGUCGGUUAAAGGAUAAGCCAAGCUCCCAGCUGGCGAAGCUAUCCCUGUGCGACCAAAUGUCGUCCUAUGGUGAUUGCUUCCGGCGGUACUGUCACUAUCGCCACAUCAUGUGGAGGGAGGAGCUGCAGCCGCCGGCUAACUACCCCGGCGAGGGGGAUUUUCGCUUCCAAGUGCUGAAUUGCUACAGCCCCGUCCAGCUGGCAGUGCGUCUGAACGAACUGUACCCCACCCAGUUCUAUUUCUUUAGUCAACCGAUGAGCCAACUGGGCCAAGAGGUGCAUGUGCACUACGAGGUGGAGGAGAACCGGCGCCAGCACCAAAAACCAAAGGCUGGGGAGAUUGUUAUCGUGAGGAAUCUCAAGCGGUAUGAGAGGGUGGUCGUCAUCCAGGCGGAGGAUACGAAGGUGACAGUGCGUCUGUUGGACAACGGAAUUGACCGACUAGCGUACAAACCGAGCGAGAUUUUCGUGUGCGAGAAGCGUCACCAGAAGGAACCCGGCCAGGCGAUGGAAGUGCGUCUAAUCGGCAUCGAACCGGACACCUUGGAGCGGACCUGGUCUACGGAUAUGCGUGAUGCGGUGCGCUCUGACUUCUUCAACCAACUGCAGGGCAAGCGGAUGCGCAUCUUUUCAGCCCGCGUAAAGUGCGUCCUUUCGCGAACCAUCUUCGUGGACACCGUGGUCGAUGACAAGGGGCAGGACCUGCGCAGCUUUCUUCUGCAUCGAUUCCAUGUCCACGAGGAGGCCAUGUCGAUGGAAAAGCUAAGGGGAGUGGUGAAUGCAUCUCAGCCCAGGCCAAAGGAUUUUUAAUCAUAUUUUAUUUGAACUUUUAUUGGGUUUUUUUUAAUGAUUUGAUUUUUAUUAUGUCUUUUUUUAAAUAAUUUGAUUUGUUUUAGUUAUUUUUUUCAACUAAAAGAAAUCUUUUCUUGAGUCCUGGAAUCCUGUUUUGGGGACUUUUUUACUUGCUUACAUUUAGCACAAAAAUGUGUUUUUUAAUUUUUGUAAUAUUAUUUUGGAUUGAGAUCUAUUUUUAAUUAUUUUGCUUGCUUAAAGUUUAUUACUUUCUCUUUGUCUUGUGACCCUCAGAGAGAUUUGUAAUGACAAUAAGCCUUUUUUUGCGAUUAUUUAAAUACAUUUUGAAAGAAAUUCCAAUUAAUUAAUAAACGAUUUAUUUUUAUACAUAGCCUUA